AUGAAGCCAAAGAACCUCAGGGAGGAGGCCGCACGCUUCACUUCACAGCUGCACGAUCGCACCUUUGAUUUUGGACGAAGGGAAAGAGGUGCCCAAUUCGCGGAGACAGUGACACUGGCCUCCUUCAAGCGCUACAUCCGGGAGACAGUGAGGAAAGCACCGCAACUCUACGUCCAAAUCAAGAAAGUCCUGGACAAAGAAGACAAGCCACUGCCAUCGAACCCGAAUAGCUUCCCAGAUCCAGAGGGGCUGAGGCGGUGGACCACGUACAUGGAAACAGUGGCUUCCUUUGGGGCUUCUGCGAAGUGGGUUCCUGUGAAUUCCGCUGUUGAUGCCCCUGCGAAGCUGUGA